AUGCAGCCUCAAUUCCGAGCUGGGCCUGGGCCAUACGUGCCUGGUACCCAGCAAGCCCCACAGCGCGCUCCUCAUCCGGGCCCGAGACGAAAUGGAAUGGGUCCAACGGCCCCAGGCCCCCAACAGUCCGCCCCGAUGAACCGAGCCUCGAUGGGCUCGCUCCCACCCCAUAUCCCAGCGCAAGCGCUUGAUCUCGAAAAGAUGACCGCAGCCAGAGCGCUGAAGAGACGGAGCCGCAAGCCGACCGACAAAGAACUCCCAGAAGGCAUCGAGGACUGCCUUGCGACAGGCGAUUCCGUGGCGCAACGAUACAGAGAGCUGCGUGGCAUCGAGCGACGACUGGACGCAACUUUGAUGCGAAAGCGAUUGGACAUAGCAGAUAGUCUCAACCGCACCACAAAGCGCUUCAAGACCCUUCGCAUAUGGAUCAAUAACACAGUCGAGGACCAAGUGUGGCAGACCAACGGGCUUGCUGUUGACACAUUCGAUUUUACACCCAACGUGGAAGCGUCUUAUCGUGUCAAAAUCGAAGGUCGCUUGCUCGACGAUGGUUAUGACAACUCGUCUGACGAAGCUGAUGGGUCGGACAGCGGUGAUGACAACUCAGGGAGUAAAUCAACCACUCAACGCUUCACCCAUUUCUUCAAACACUUGACUGUUGAGUUCGAAACCAGUCGUUCACGCGCUGCUGCUGAUCAAACGGUCACUUGGAACAAGUUCGACACGACCAAGCCCAACCACGCAAAGUCUCCAGCAUCCACAGAGGCUGACGAGCUGACGUUCAAGCGCAACGGGGACGAGAACAUGAAUAUCACGAUCAAACUGACGCGCCAGGAAAACCCGGAGCGACAUCGGGUACGGCCCGAAUUAGCGGAGAUCAUCGAUAUGGUUGAAGCUACUCGGCAAGAGGCGAUCAUGGGCGUCUGGGACUAUAUCAGAGCAUCGGGGCUUCAGGAAGAUGAAGAGAAGCGCCAUUUCCGAUGUGAUGCUCUUCUGCGCAAGAUUGUGACGCGCGGGGAUGUUGGUGCUAUACCGAAUCUGGGAGAAUAUGUCGACCGCUUUCUCGAACCUUUACCCCCAGUCAGCCUUCCGUAUACCAUUCGGGUCGAUGAGGCAUUCCACCGCAACCCACAGCCUACAGUGUACGAUGUUCAAGUCGCCGUCGACGAUUCCCUCCGCAAUACUACGCUUCCAUUUGUUGCAAGUCCUACUUAUGGCAACGCGCUCAAGGAGAUCAUUGCGCUAGAUGACCAACUGACAACACUUGUCGGGGCGGUGGCUAAUUCUAAGGCCAAACAUUCAUUCUUCAUGUCUCUUGGUAACGACCCUGCUGUUUUCCUUCAAGAUUGGUUCAGCUCCCAGAAGCGCGACCUGGAGAUCAUUGUGGGUGAAGCUACCAGGGGAGGUGGCGAAGAUGCCUCAGGCGAAGAAUGGCGCCGAGGCGGAAAAGACAGUGUUUGGGCAACGCAGAAUGCUCGCGAGAGUGUCAAUAUAAUGCUGGCUAAGCCGUCGCGUUGACCAAGCUUGAAUGGGGUUCUGCGCAAGACGAUGGAUUAUCCGAAAAAAGGGACAAGGGGAGGGCGUUCUCCUUGCAAUGCAAUAGCAUGCUGUUCAGUGGGUCUCCAUCGCUGCGUUGACAUGGCUGCUGAGCUUCUUGCCAUUUUUGUAUUCUUAGCCAAAUGUCGUUGACAAGAGUAUGUAUGAUUU